UCACAAUAACUACGUUGCAUUUGUUAUUGAAGGAACAGAAGUUAAUACUAGUCAUAUGAUUUGUUGACAUGCGUAUACUAAUGCAACUAAAAUAAAAUAUUGAACUGCUGAUAAUCCGAAAUAAAAUUUUUUAUUAGUGAUCAAAGAGAAUACAAAUAUUUCAAAGAAGAACAUAAUGCCAACAACAAAGGAGAAUAUUGGGAAUCUGCUCGACGCCUUAUAUUUAGAAAUGCUCGAUUUAAUAGAACAACAGACGGUGUGUCGAGUAAAUAUAGAAAGAUUAAUGAAUAAUGGGCAGUUAAUGCUGGCAAAAACUCGUUAUAUUCAGGGUUCGCAAACGAUCUGUUCAGCACAGUUACCCACUGAAAACAGUAACACAUUCAGUGCGCUCUGCGAAGUGGUACAGCAACAGAAUGACACGAAAAUAUCUAACGUCGAGUUCACAUCAAUACGUCAUACUGUUGAUAAAGAAAAGGAAUUCGUUGAACCAAUGCAAUGGUUUACUUCAUUACCACCUAGUAGUCUACGAUCAGCGUCUGAGCUCUUCAAAAAAUGUUUGGAUUUCGUCCUAGAAAGUGCCAAUAUACAACGAGAACUUAUUGCUGUUAUGAAACAUAUCGAAACACUAAAGCGCCAUAAAGAAAUAACCAUUUAAUUUUCAUAUUUUAAGACGGUAAAAAUGUAAUAAUUACAUUAUUUUUUCUCUUGCAAAGGUGAACGUAUAGAUAAAUUUAGAGUGCAACAUA